AUGUCACCAACUAUAAAGAAUCGUCUGUGGAAUCCGGCUUUUGGGAUCAGGUUUUCUCCAAAAAGCGAUCACCAGCCAUCGUAUCCUUUCCUAGAUAUUACUCGAUUCGUCCAUACUCCUGCCUCUGGGUCUGAAGAUGUUGAAAAAGGAGAUGUCGAAAUUGAUGAGUUCGGCGAAGAUGAGGAGUUCGAGCGUGAUGCGGCGGAAUGGUUCGAUCAACAAGAUCGGUUGGUGUUGCCUGCGAUUGAAACCAUCUCUGAAGGCACCCAGGUUGCAUCAGACACAGAUGGGGAUCUCAUCGAGGCCUCAAAACGGGAGAAAAGCCUGACGGAUUCCGUCGCUGCUCCCCUCACAUCCUUAGAUUACACAAUCGACACCGACCUUUGGGAUGCAGCCCGAAAGAGUAAAGCGGGCUCCAGCCAGUCGUUCUGGUCCUACAAAAUGUACCGUCAAGUUCAAGGAAACGGCGAGGAGCAGAAAGUCAAAGUCCACUACUGCACCUCAAAACAUACGAUGGAGCAUGUUUGUGAAAGGUACUUUUCUGACGAGAAAGUCAUUGGUUUCGAUUUGGAGUGGUUUGUUGGGAGGGGCCCUGCCAAUUCCAACCCUCGACGAAAUGUUUCGCUCAUCCAGAUCGCUAGCCCAAGUCGUGUAGGGUUGUUCCACGUUGCACUUUUUCCCAGGGACGACUUUGUCGCCCCAACGUUCAAGAGGAUCAUGGAGGACGAAAGCGUAACGAAAGUCGGCGUGGCUAUCAAGGGUGACUGCACAAGAUUGAAGAACAAUCUCGGCAUAAACAGUAAGGGACUUCUCGAGCUGUCCCACCUCUACAAACUUGUCAAAUACUCGAAGGCUGGAGAGCUGGACCGAAUCAACAAGGUCAUGGUGUCUUUAGCCGUGCAGACACAGGAGAUGUUAGGUCUUCCCUUGUUUAAAGGAGAAGAUGUGCGUUCCAGUAACUGGAUGAUGCGUCUGUCAACAGAUCAAGUUGCAUAUUCGGCUUCAGAUGCAUAUGUUGGCCUGCAGCUAUACUACGUCCUUGAGCAGGAACGCAUGAAGCUUCAACCUACUCCUCCUCGACCAGCCUUCGUGGAGAAGAAUCUUCCUAUUCAGUUCUUGACCGCUGAUGACGUUGACGAAAGUGAUGCGACUUCAGAAUCGGGGGAAUCUGAAGUGAUUGCUGAUGUUGAGGCGGGACUUGAUACGCCAGAAACCAGGCCUACACAAUCAGUCGCGAUGCCCACCACAAAGGCCACGCCCCCAUCAGAGAGCAAUUCUCAUGAUACAAGGGAUCCCCGUAUCCUCGCUGCUGAAAAGCACGCUCAACAAUACCGCAGCACGACGCACCGCAAGUCGACUCCACCAUUGUCGUCUCUACGCACUUAUUACAUGUGGUACGACAACCACGAUCUUACCCCAGAAGCCGUUGCGACACUCUUACGUACUCCUCCUCUAAAGACAAACACUGUUGUUUCCUAUAUCCUUGAUGCCAUCAUCUUGGAAGGGUUGCCUUUUUCCAAGGCGAGGCUUAGAACCGAGGUGCUGGUCCACCUUGCUCCUCAGUCACUAGUGAGUGCCAGGUAUCGAGCAUUGGUGGAUGCAAGUCAAGAGUCAGAAGAAUUAUAA